AUGCUGGUAACGGUGACGCGCUUUCUGGGCCACGAAAGUGCCGCAUUAGCGGAAGACCAAUUAAGCAGAGACUCCAAAUUGGUGCAGCGGCUAAAAGUUCAACGAACGAUGAACUUCCGAGGCAUCCUGAUGCUGUGGGUUUCGUUGGCCUGCGGCGAAAUGAUGCUUCGUACGGUACAGGCCGAUGCACCGAAAAAGCGUUGCCUCAGCAAACCGAACAUCUCGAAAAAGGUUGACAUGGUAAUCCACCAGUGCCAGGAGGAGAUCAAAUCGAGCCUGAUCGAGGACGCACUGAAGAUCUACACCGCCGAGAGUGGCCAGUGGCACGAGCGACGAAAGCGUGACUCCUCCAGCGGAUCGCACGAUUUCUCCCAUCCGACCAUUGUUUCGCACGAAGACAAGUGGAUUGCAGGAUGUUUGAUGCAGUGCGUGUACCGUAAGAAUGACGCCGUCGACAAGAACGGAUGGCCAACGUUGGAUGGGUUGGUGAAUCUCUACACGGAUGGUGUAAAUGAGCACGGUUUUUUCAUGGCUACUCUGCGAGGCGUCGAUCGCUGCCUGAAGGGCACAUCGAAGAAGUAUCAGAUCAAACGGAACGAUUUAGCCGAAAACUUCGAGCAGUGUGAAGUCGCUUUCGACGUGUUUGACUGUAUCUCGGAUAUGAUCACCGAUUACUGUAGCGAUCGAUCCCACCACUGACUAACGAGAGGAUGAUGCUGGGGAACCGGGGACGGAUGGGAU